CUCGAUUACGGGUUGUCAGAGUUUUUCUCUCCGCCAAACCGGGUUUAAUGCGCACCUUCCUACCAGGUCGCAAUCGCAAGGCCGCGGAGGAACGCGCGCAUGAAUUCAACGUCAAACUCUUCAACGGUGAAACGUGUGACUUGUUUGUCAAUGCCACACCAGUCACCGACAGAGACCUGUCAUUGGCAGACAACUUCAUCGAUGCGUUGAAAGACUGCAAGUUAGCCUUUGACCAUGAACUAGAGGGGCGAUAUCUCACGGACUACUGUGCGACCCACAGAUGCAGAUGCAGUGGGAGUUGUUCUUGGAGGGGUUGGUGGACAGGGCACAGAUCCCGGCUCUGCUGCAAGAGGCGGAGGAGAAAUGCUAACGUCAAGGCAACCGCACGCGCGAGAUACAGCUCACUGCGUGUGUACACGUGUGAAGUGAUGCUGAAUGGCAGAGAAUGGCUACGGUAUGCGGGAUUGGCUGUCAUGCUAACCGCAUGUGAGUAUUGUAUAUCGUCGAGACAGGAAACAACAAUAAAGUUAAAGCUUCCAAGCUCAGAAGUAUCAUAGACAGCGGAAGCUUGUAAUGAAAUUAAAAGCUCAGAAGUAAUACACACAGCGGAGAGAUCGUACUGUCAGUGUCACUGAAUUGUCGCAGUGGGCAUGCUGAGUAAGCCCGUGGAAUGCACACGAUAGAAGAACAAAUACAUCAUCGAUAUGAU